AUGGUNAAUCUGCACUUGGGGCUAAAUGCUGAUAACUUUGACAAUCUUCCCAAAAGCUGGCCAAGUGGCAACCACAACAAGAAUGCCUAUCUAAUUGCGCAGAUGGUCAAGCGACUCAGCACCUCUGUGGCCAGCCUCAUCGACAGGGAGUACCUGCCAAUGGUGCUCGGUGGAGAUCACAGCAUCGCCGUCGGCUCGGUCCUGGGCACAUGUUCAGCCAAACGACUUCAGGGAGAAGAGAUUUCACUGUUGUGGAUCGACGCUCAUGCCGAUGCAAACACCGAGGACUCCUCUAAGUCGGGCAACUACCACGGAAUGCCGGUCACAUUUCUGCUGAAGGAAGUGCUUCGGCCUGGCAGUUCACUUUUUGCCAAUUUGCCACCAGCACGACUGUCGGCGCGUAAUGUCGCCUUCAUUGGACUGCGAGAUGUAGAGCUGCAAGAGCUGCAGUUGCUGCAGAAGAUGAAUCUCACGUACUUUUCUAUGGAGCACGUUGACCGAUUAGGUAUCGCCGAAGUAGUGGCGCGAGCUUUGGAUGCCAUUAACCCCAGUGGAAAGAACCCACUUCACGUCAGCUUUGACGUUGAUUCAGUGGACGACGCCUCCAUAGUGUCGACUGGAACGCCAGUCAUCGGAGGGCUGACCGUUCGAGAGGCAAUGACCAUCGGCAGAAUACUCGAUCAGACGUCGAAAAUGGUGGCACUAGAUGUGGUGGAAUUUAAUCCAAAGUUGGGCACGCCAGCAGAGGGGUCCCGUUCAGCCAAAUACAUUACUGACAUUGUGCUCUCCUUUUUCGGCAAAUCUCGUGCCGGAUACUUUCAUCANCUUCACGUCAGCUUUGACGUUGAUUCAGUGGACGACGCCUCCAUAGUGUCCACUGGAACGCCAGUCAUCGGAGGGCUGACCGUUCGAGAGGCAAUGACCAUCGGCAGAAUACUCGAUCAGACGGCGAAAAUGGUGGCACUAGAUGUGGUGGAAUUUAAUCCAAAGCUGGGCACGCCAGCAGAGGUGUCCCGUUCAGCCAAAUACAUUACUGACAUUGUGCUCUCCUUUUUCGGCAAAUCUCGUGCCGGAUACUUUCAUCACAGUAAAGAGCAGAAGUAA